AUGGACCCCGAGCUGACCUGGCUGCUGUCCCAGCCGCCGCAAUGCGCUACGAAAGGCGAGGAAUUCGUCGCCGAUGCUGCCCGCUGCAGCGCGUCCGCAGGGACCGGUGGCGCGCUGCGGAUCGUCACUCCCGGGCGCGCGAGCGGGCGAUGCGGAUUAGAUGUGGGCGGAGCUUCGGGAAUGGGGCGCGGAAGGGCGGGAUCGACGGCGGACGGGGCGGGGGGAUCGCCGGGGGCGAUAUGUUUGCUGAGCCAGGGCGUCGAUCGUGGCGUGGGAGGCGGUGAAGUUGACGGAGAGGAUGAGGGCGGAGAGGAACCGGAGGUGGCUGAGCCGGGCCCGAUCUGUUUGCUGAGCCAGGGCGUUGAAGUUGACCGCGGCGUGGGACGCGGUGAAACUGAAUGGGAGCCUGGCGGUGCUUUGGGAAGGAAGGAGGGCCAUGAAAAGAAUCUCCGCGCACUGCCCGAAAGAGGACCAUUGCCAAGUACCGUCAGCGUGCCGUGCGGCGCCGCACUGGAGGCGGGGGUCACUGAGUCGUGGUUGGAGGGGAGGGAUCCGGCAGGCGAAUCGCGCGACGCACGGCGGGAUGCGGGGCAAGGCCAUGGGGCUGGCCAAUCAGAACCAGACGCUGAACUUCAGCCAUGCAGUCUCGGCGACUUCCUCCGGGGUUUGGGUCUGGAGAAGUAUGUGGAGAAGGUAAAGGCAGCUGGGAUUGAGGCCCCAUCACAACUGAAAAGCGAAGACCUUCUUGCAAGCAUUGGCCUGCCUGUGGGGCCCAGAAAGAAGAUUCUUGUAGGCAUUGCCUUUUUGGAAUCUUGGGGAACACUGAGAACCCGGACAGCGGCAGUCACGAGUAGGCCAGCCACUAAGUGGAGGUUGGCACGGGAGCCUGAUCGUUCUCUUGAAUAUCUAUUGCACUGCAAACACAAGACAAUAGAACGCAGGCUGGCACCAAGGACAUCAGGCACCAGCACACUGCAGGCAGCAUCUUCAUUGCCUUUCGAUGCCACUGAAGCCACAAAUGGCAUCAAUUCAUUUCAAGUCUUGGAAAAUCCGCAGAACGUGUCAAACACCAGCUUCAACCGCGAAACAGAGUACAGGGCAAUCUGGGAAAUUUAUGAUGUCCGGGAAUCGGCCUGUGAAAACAAAAGAAAAGGUGCCAUGGUGUAUGCCUGGAUGCCUCUUGGACACCAGAAGCAACCACUUGAGAGGUGCAACUCGCUGUGGGGUCUCCAUGGAUCCUGUGGGCCUGUUGCUUGCCCCUGGAGAGAACAGGACGCAUUGGAAGCAGGUCGCAAUGUUGCUGCAGAGCCUGAUCGAACAUAUGCCACAGAGUCUGUGCUUGUGGCAGAACCGCAAAGACAAGCAGGAGGCCAAGGGGCGGUGCCUGGGCCAGUUGAUUGCCAAAGUGCCAGUCACAAAGCUCAUAAAAGGCGUUCCAUGCAGCUUGAAGGGGUAUCCCAAGCCCAAUGUACCCCUUUUGAACAAACGCACUGUAACGGGAGCCUUAAGAAAGAGAAGGGCAGGGAUGUCAGGCGGGGCGAGAAGUUGGGAGGGAGAGACCGGUGUUUGGCUGACCUGUCGAAUUCGGACAGUUCUGUGGGUGGUAGCAACAGGGUGCUGCCGAAUGGCACCAACGAGAGGCCGCCAAAGAUUGGGCCCUCUGGAGGUCCAGAUGCUGUUACCAAACGUGUGCGGCUGUCGGCCUUGAAGGAGGAGUUGAAGCUGCUGGAGAGGUCAGUUGCAGAUGUUAGAAGAGCCAUACGUGACUUGGAAGGGGUUGGAUGA